AUGGAGGAGCUAUGUGUGUACGCAUUUGGCCUCUUUGCCACAGAUAUCUUUGUAAAUGCCGGGCAGGUGGUUACGGGAAAUCUGUCUCCAUACUUCCUGACGGUGUGCAAACCCAACUACACUGCGCUGGGGUGCCAACAGGUGGUGCGUUUCAUCAACCAACAGGAAGCAUGCACAGGCAACGAGGAUGAUAUCUUACACGCUCGCAAAUCCUUCCCAUCCAAAGAGGCGGCCAUCAGUGUUUAUGCGGCUCUUUAUGUUGCUAUGUACAUCACAUGCUCGGUGAAGGCCAAAGGGACACGGCUGGCCAAACCGGUGCUCUCUCUGGGGCUCAUUUGUCUGGCCUUACUAACUGGGAUUAAUCGAGUGGUGGAGUACCGCAACCACUGGUCUGAUGUCAUUUCUGGCUUCAUCAUCGGAGGAGCCAUUGCUGUCUUUAUGGUGGUGUGUGUGGUGAAACAUUUCAAAGGGAAGCCCUUACUGGGUGAGAUACCGCCGGAGGAGAGUGUGUCCAGUGGUCCCAUGAUCACUCAGCCCAGGAUGGAGCACACUAUGGAGAAAUACAUAGCGUCCCAGAAUCCCAUCACCUAUGCUGAGAUCACAUGACAAUGAAAAGCCCACUAGCCAGAAUGCUGUGGAUAUGUUGCUGCUCUCCGAUGCGACUUUUUACUUUGAGUCCAAUGUCAGUAUGUGCUUUUUACACUUCUAUUUU